AAGGUAUAUAAGAGUUCUGUGAUCCACUUCUCUACACUAUUUGAAAAGAUAAACCAAAGCAACAACCAGAAGACCAGCCCCCUGGAGAGACUUCUUUUUUUUGCACCUCGUGUAACAUCUGACUGAUCAGUGAUACUUGAACAAUGUUGUGCCCAUGGAAGCAGUUCACAAACCGUGGGCUCAUUAGGAAAAAAAACACCUAUGAUGUAACCGAUCUGAACAACAAUCAACUCAAAAAUGAGAAGCAUCUCAGUAAGUUGAAAGAAGAGGACACCAAAUCCAAUGGCACAAAAAGCGAUAUGGCCGAAAUAAAAGUAGGAUUACAAAAGGGUGCUCUGGAAAACCAUGGUCAUUCGUGCAAAAAAUUGGCUUGUCCAAAAUAUCUCAAGCUAAGAAACUAUGAGGAUGGAAAGAUUUUGCAAGACACAUUACAUCUCAAUGCAAAACAGAGCCUCAGUUGCCAGUCAUCUGUUUGUCAUGGAUCAAUAAUGAAUCCUAAGUGCUAUGUGCGAGGUCCAAGGGAUAAGGCAGUACCUCAGGAUGUGAUAUUACCUCAAGCAGUGGAGUUUAUUAAUCAAUAUUACAAGUCUUUCAAAGAGCCCCAAAUAGAAAACUACCUUAAUAGACUGGAAACAGUCACCAAAGAUAUUGAAAAUACGGGAACCUACCAGUUAACAUACGAUGAGUUGGUAUUUGCAUCGAAACAGGCGUGGAGAAAUGCCCCCAGGUGUAUAGGACGGAUCCAGUGGAAUAAUUUGCAGGUGUUUGAUGCCCGGGACUGCAAGACAACUCAAGAAAUGUUCCAGCUCAUCUGUCGUCAUAUAAAAUACUCCACAAAUGGUGGUAAUAUAAGAUCAGCGAUUACCAUAUUUCCUCAGCGUACUGAUGGGACACAUGAUUUCAGAGUCUGGAACAGCCAGCUGAUUCGGUACGCAGGGUAUGAAAUGCCCGAUGGGGUAAUCAUUGGAGAUCCUGCCAGCAUAGAGUUUACAGAGCUAUGUAUGCAGCUUGGAUGGAAGCCAAAAUAUGAGCGAUUUGAGAUUCUCCCUCUGAUACUGCAGGCAAAUGGAGAGGAUCCAGAAUUAUUUGAAAUACCUAGAGAUCUAAUACCUGAAGUUAUAAUGGAGCACCCAAAAUUUGAGUGGUUUAAGGAUCUCAACCUGAGGUGGUACACGCUACCUGCAGUUUCUAACAUGAUGCUCGAAGUUGGAGGCAUUGAAUUUACAGCCUGCCCCUUUAAUGGCUGGUACAUGGGGACAGAAAUUGGUGUUCGAGACUUCUGUGAUGUUCAGCGGUACAAUGUGCUGGAGGAAAUUGGAAGGAGGAUGGGUUUAGAAACUCACAAGCUUGCGUCUCUGUGGAAAGACUACGCAGUUGUUGAACUUAAUUUAGCCGUUCUAUACAGCUUUCAGAAAAACAAUGUGACCAUAAUGGAUCAUCAUUCUGCUGCCGAGUCUUUCAUGAAGCAUAUGGAGAAUGAAUACCGGUUAAGGGGAGGAUGUCCAGCAGAUUGGGUCUGGCUUGUUCCACCAAUGUCAGGAAGCGUUACUAAAGUGUUUCAUCAGGAAAUGCUCAAUUACAUUCUGAAUCCAUUUUACUACUAUCAGAUUGACGCUUGGAAAACUCACAAGUGGCAUGACGAGAGCCGUAAACCAACGAAGAAGGAAUUCAAACUGAGUGUUAUUUCCAAGGCAGUUCUUUUUGCUUCAGCACUUAUGCGGAAAUCUAUGGCUUCCAGGACGAAGGCAACUAUACUCUUUGCGACUGAAACUGGGAAGUCUGAGACAUUUGCAAAAAAGUUGCACAUGUUAUUCAGCUAUGCCUUUAACACUAAGGUGGUCUGUAUGGAAGAUUACAAUAUUGGAAACUUGGAUAAAGAAUCUCUUCUCCUGGUGGUUACAAGUACAUUUGGGAAUGGUGACUGCCCUAGCAAUGGAGAGAAAUUCAAGAAAUCAAUUUUCAACGUGAAGAAAUUGCAAGACAAAUUGAGGUAUGCUGUUUUUGGACUUGGCUCCAGCAUGUAUCCACAGUUUUGUGCAUUUGCCCAUACCCUAGACCAGAAACUGGCACAGCUUGGUGCCUUCCAGAUCAGCCCUACAGGUGAAGGAGAUGAACUUAGUGGGCAAGAGGAAGCUUUUCUGUCAUGGGCCAUCCACACUUUUAAGGCUGCCUGUGAAGUGUUUGAGAUUCGUGGCAGACAGAAAAUUACUUUGCCAAAAUGUUAUACCUCAACAGAAGGCUGGAUUCCAGAAAAUUAUCGUCUUGUAAAUGAAAGUCAUCCUUUAGAUCACAUCAAAGCCCUCUCAAAACUGCAUUCAAGAAGUAUCAUAAAAAUGACCCUAAAAUCAAAAGAAAAUCUGCAAAGCCCUAAAUCUAGCCGUGUCACCCUCCUAGUGAAACUUUCCAGUGAGAAUUACCAGGAAGUUCAGUAUCUGCCAGGAGAACAUGUUGGUGUAUUUCCUGGCAAUCAGCCAGAGCUAGUUAAUAGCAUAAUUGGACUUCUGAAGGAUGCUCCCGCAAUCAAUCAGGACAUCCGGCUGGAGACACGCAGUGAACAGGGUAACUUCUGGACAACCAGUGAGAAAAUCCCUCCUUGCUCACUGUCCCAGGCAUUGACUUACUUCCUAGACAUAACUACCCCACCCUCCCAGCUGCUUCUGAAAAAGCUUUCUCUUCUGGCUACUCACAUGGAAGACAAACAGAGACUGGAAGACUUGAGCAAAGAUACAGAAACGUACAAUGCAUGGAAAUCCUACAAUUAUCCAUCAUUCCUUGAUGUACUGGAGGAGUUUAAAUCUCUUGAAGUAUCUACUACAUUUUUGCUGACUCAGUUACCAGCACUUAAGGCACGGUACUACUCUAUAAGCUCCUCCAAUGACAUGACACCUGGAGAGAUUCACCUCACCGUCGCUGUUGUAAACUACAGAACGAAAGGAGGCCAUGGUCCACUUCACCAUGGGGUUUGCACUACAUGGUUUAACACUUUGAGCCAGAAUGAUAUAGUUCCUUGUUUUAUACGGAGCACAAACGCAUUCCAUCUCCCGACAAACCCAUUAUCGCCAUGCCUUCUGAUCGGCCCAGGAAGUGGAAUUUCUCCAUUCAGAGCUUUCUGGCAGCAGAGAUUGUAUGACAUUGAGAAAGGUAAGAAAGUCAACUCUAUGAUAUUGCUGACUGGCUGCCAGCAACCUGACAUUGAUGAAAUCUACAAAGAAGAGUUGCAAUACAUGAAAAGAAAAGGUGUUAUGCAAGACGUGUUCACUGCUUACUCGCGAAAGCCCGGGCAAGCAAAGACAUAUGUCCAGAACAUUCUGGAAAAAAAUCUUGAAGAUGAAGUGUUCAGGAUUCUACUUGGAAAAGAUGGCCAUAUCUAUGUGUGUGGACAUAUUGAGAUGGCCAGAGAUGUCGCUUCAACAAUUAAACAGAUUAUUGCAAGAAAGAAGGGUUUGAAUGACGAGGAAGUGGAACAAUAUCUGACCCAGUUAAAGAGUGAAAUGCGUUAUCAUGAAGAUAUAUUUGGGGCAACAUAUAAGACACGGCAGCCCCAGAAUGGAAUAAUAUCUCCUGAUAUAUCAUAUCGUACCCAUGAAUCAGUUGUUCCGCAAUACAGAAAAUUUAAAUUGUAACUUUUCCUCCACAUAUCUUGUUUUAAAUCAUGAACAAGUAUAGAGGAACCAAUUCAAAUUUAGAAAGCAAAAAAAUUCCUUCCGGGUUGAUUAAAACAAUUUACUUUCUGCAUGGACAGUACAUGGUGUGGAAAGCAAGAACCAAAAAUUAUAUAACAUUUAUUAUUUAUUUUAUUGUUUUAUCAGUAUUAGCAUGUAUCUCUAUAAAUACUGUUUGCUCCCUAAAAAUUGAAGUUAAAGAAUUCCAGAAUAUCCAGACAUGUGCCUCCACAGCGCCAGAUGAUUGGUUUCCAAUGGAUCUUAAUCAAACAUGACUAUUCUCUUUUGUAAAUGUCCUGCAGCAAUAUGUUGGACAUCAACUGUGAUAACACCAUGGCUAAAGAAGAUUUGGAAAGUCUGAUUUUGCAUUCAGAACCCAGUGGACUGGUUGAACGGCUGCUUGAUAAUGACUCUUGUCAUUAUGAAAUUGAAAAUUGUUGUCAAUCAUUGUACAUAUAUCGAUUUUCAAUUUGGCAACACUAAAUUUAAUACUUAUAUUCAUGUUUAGGACAUUACAAUGUUUUGUAUUUAUGGUAUAAACAUUAUAGAGCAGGGAUGCUCAAUCUGUGGCCCUCCAGCUGUACAAAACUUCAACUCCCAGCAUGCACUAAUAGCUGUAGGUGAUCCAGGCAUUCUGGGAGUUGUAGUUUUGCAACAGUUGGGGAAUCGCAGGUUGGUCAUCCCUGUUGUAGAGGUUUUUAUGCACUGUAACAGAUGGGAAACUCUUGCCACUCUAGGAUUUUUUUAUUUAUUUUUUUGCUCUUAUGGUUUUUAAGAGCCAAAAUGUGUACUUAAAGGGGUAUUCCAGGAUUUUACUAUUGUUGAACUAGGCCAUCAAAAUCUGAUCAAUGAGGAACCUUGCACCCCCACCAAUCAGCUUUUUCAGAGUAGCUCUGGCAUCAGCGGUGCAGUAAGCAGGUACAGUAUGCCUACUGCACAAAGGACAGAGUGGUGUAGCUCCAGCACACUUCUAGCAAACAACUGAUCGGCAGGGGUACAAGAUGCCAGAUCCCCUGUCGAUUAGAUAUUGUGGCCAAUCCUCAGGCUAGGUCAUCAAUAGUAAUAUCUGCAACAUCCCUUAUUACUUAAUACAUUUUUACCCUUGCUCAUGAUGAGCAGCAUCAAAAUAAAAUUGCAAUGCAUUGCAGUGGGUGAAAUCUGCCUCAAAUCUGAGGCAUGUUUUUAAACCUGUGUGGUUUUUUUUCCACUGAUGUCAAUGAGUUUUCUAAAUGCAAGCCAAUAGUAUGAAAUGAAGCAAGCAAGGCUCUUAAAGGGGUUGUCCAGGUUCAGAGCUGAACCCAGACAUACCCUUAUUUUCACCCCGGCAGCCCCCCUGAGGCUAGCAUCGGAGCAUCUCAUGCUCCGAUGCGCUCCCUUGC